ACCCCUCACCCACCCACUAAUCAUCAACACCCUUUUCUGAUAGCCAUGGUUCUCAAGCUCAAACUCUCCACUCCAGCCAAGUUCUACGGCAGCAGCCUCCCACGCCCUCGGUUCUACGCCGAUGUCAAGUUCAAUGACGAGCGGGUCGACCCGCCCCUACCCGUCCUAGAUCCACUUCUCACCUGGGCCAACGAGGCCCACUGGUCCAUGGGCGGCCUCAGCUUCAAGCGCCUCCGUCUCCAAGGCCGGAUCGAAGGCAACGUCGGCAAGCUCCGCGCCGAGCGGCAGAAGACCGAGGACAAGAAGCAUAUCAGCAAGAGGGCUUCUUCCGAUUCGCCUCCUCCGGCUCCGGUUGCGAACAAGCGCCGGAGAUUCCUGGCCCUGCUUGAUGAAGGCGAAGAUGAUGAGGAGGAUCUGGAGGAAGUGAGAGGGAAGAGGCUUGUGAAGAAGCUGGCGGUUGAGUUUGACAGGGUGGCUGCGGAGGAGGAGGAGGCGGUGGCUUCGAGGACUCGGAGCCGGAAAUUGGAAGUGGUCGAUCAGAUUGAGGCUGUGAUGCAGGUGGUCAAGAAUGUAAGUAAGUUGAGUUUGAAGGGCAAGAAGCAGAAGAAGCGGAAAGUCAAGGGACACAGGACUUCGCCCAGAUUGGCUAAACGUACCUGAGGCCUUAAUUUGAUGUAAUUUAUGAGCUAGGAUUUAGAUCUGCGUUUUCAGUUUAUCUCGUGCUUGUUGCUUCUCCAGAUCUGAGAAAAGACAUUGAGGGCUUUUGUAUACAUUUUUAGCUUGGUUAAUGCUGUCAUCUAAUUUAUAAGUGCUUGUGGGUAA